AUGGAAGAAGGAGAGAAACGCCAACACUGUGUUAUGGAUGAAUCCCAAAACGGUACGAACAUUUGGGUUACGGCAUGUGACCCAUCGAUAAAACCAGCUGUCGACCAGGUGUUUUCUACAUUGGAAGACGACUUCGCGUACUACAAAACAUAUACAUCCGUGACUGGGUUUGAUGUGUGCAAAAGUUCCGACAUAAAAAACAAGUACGGGAUCAUCCUGAAAAAGAAACUAGUGUGUAAUCGUGAAGGGUUUAAAGAUGCAAAACCGAACAACCCAUCAGAACAGAAUACCACCACACAAACAAAACGACGGCGCCCGUCUAACAGAGUUGGGUGCAUGGCCAAAAUAGUUUUCAGAAGAGACAGCGCGGGAAGAUAUUGGCCACCAACAAUUCAUCGGGACUGCUCAAAAGUCAAUAUUGGGGCUAGUAAAAGUCAUGACCUGUACGCCGAGAUGGUGGGUGGAGUUGAAAACGUGGGAGCGACACAACAAGACUUCAAGAACUAUAGAAGGGAGAUUUUGGUGUACAUGCAAGGAGGAGAUGCACAAAUGCUGAUAUCCAAGUACCUCGAUCUGAAAUCUGACUAUGACGAUAUGUAUUUCGAAUACGAGGCAAACGAGAAUGACCAGUUGGCGUGUGUUUUCUGGGCAGAUGGUAUGGCAAGAAAGCAAUAUAGUGUUUUUCGGGAUGUUGUGUCAUUUGAUGCCACGUACAAAACUAACAGGUACAGCCUCGUGUUUGUCCCAUUCACCGGGAUAGACCACCAUAAAAAAUGCGUAACAUUCGCAGCAGCACUAAUUGCUCGAGAGGAUGUUGACUCGUACUGUUGGAUACUAAGGAACUUCAAAAACGUAAUGGGAAGCACACCACCACUCACAGUAACCGAUCAAGACCCGGCGAUGAAGGUUGCAAUUGCGAGAGAAUUCCCAGAAACUAGCCACCGUUACUGUAUGUGGCAUAUAAUGGCGAAGGUUGGUGAUAAAGUGAGUCCUGAAUUAGCCAAAAAUGAAGCAUUCCGACGAGAGCUGAAUGAUGUUGUUUGGAACGACAGCUUGACUACCGCCAAAUUUGAAGUUGCAUGGAAAGGAGUUAUACAAAAAUUUGGCUUAAUGGAAAAUCCAUGGUUGAACCGUAUGUAUGACGAGCGCGCAUCGUGGAUCCCUGCAUGUUUUGAAGGCGUUUUUAUGGGUGGGCUAAAGGAGAUAUGUGCCGGAUGUUUUGAAUGCCGGGUGCGUGCUGUCGCACACGGUGAGGCCGGGAACACAUAUGAGGUCGAGGAUGAGCACGAGAUACGAUACACGGUGUUUGUUGAAAAUGGGACAAGGACGACAACCUGCGAAUGCCGAAUGUACAAUCGAAUUGGACUAUUGUGCAGCCAUGCGUUUGCAGUGCUAAUAUAUGACAGGAACGGGGAUAUACCCCGCAACAUAUCACCCCCCCGCUGGACACGAACCGCACUAACGAAUUCACCAAUCAAAACUUGCAAUGAUACGCUUCAGCGUGGCAACCAUACAGCACGAGGCAACAAAGAAGAAAGUAACGUGCUUAACACAUUGUACAGGUGUAUAGCCAUGGCGCAAGGGGAUGUCACAAAGUUAGAACAAAUCAGCAAUGCGCUAAAGGAGAUCGAGUCCACAUGGUGCACCAACGGUGAAGACGGGGGGGUUGUAGAUAAAGGGAAACGAUCCAUCAAAGAGACAUUCUGUGGUGCCCCGACACCUGAUUCAAUCACCGUGCAUCCCCCCGCAGUAUCAAGUACCAAAGGUUCGGGAAAGCGAAUGAGGACGGCUAAAGAAUCGCAAUGA